AAAUUCGAUGAAGAAGCUAAUGAAGAAGAGAUUAUAAAAGAGAAUAGACGAAUUAUAAAUAAAUUGCAAGAAGACGCACCACAUUAUCAUACACGAGCGAUGCGAAUAAACUAUCUACGUACCUGUGAUUUACUUCUCCCUAAGGCUAAGUCUUCAUCACUUAGGACAAUUUAUCGAAUGUUAACUAGUGAUGUCUCUGCAGCUGAGACUACUGAUCAAACAAAAAUCGAUGAACGUAUUAAAAUUGCUUUAGACCUCAGAGAUCCAGAAAUUGCAGUUGAUUUACGAAAAGCAGCUGAUGCUAUAACUGCAGUAGAUGAACGCAGGCAUGAUCUAAUCAUGCACCUUGCAACUGCAAUAUCAGUGAAUGAUCUUUUGCGUCAAAUUGAAAAGAAAUGCCUAACUAGAACACCAAUCCCUAGCGCACAAUGGUUACGAUUACAGUUUUGGCCUAAAAAUCCAACACAGCUUAGUAGUUUACAAUUUACUGGUCGUCUACCCUUAAAAUUCAUGGUUCAAACACACCAGCUAUGUGCUUACCAUCAAGAUACUCAUUACGCAUCUGCACUAUAUCGCUACGAGAAAGAAUUUGCUCAUCGUUGUAAAGUCAGAGAGCCUGAAUUUCCCAUUGCUGCAGUUGAGAGAGGAAAAAAAGUUGUAGUCAGUAGAGAAACUACAUUUGCAGUUGCUAACUAUGACUAUACUAAAACGGGUAUCAUACUAAGUAUAACAAUAAUAUGUAAUAUACUUGAAUCAAUUAAUGAAGACUUCUAUACUGGCAAAGUACGCAUAGGAUUAAAGGAUCUAAUAUUUCAACUCUCCUCACCUCUCCGUCAUGCAACAGAAUUAUAUAACAUACUCCUCACAGAAAAUCUAACUAAUAAGCCUAUACUAUGUCUCUAUAUGGACAGUGAUCCAGAUCAUCAUUGCACAUAUACUCAUGUUCAAUUAUCCUAUAUUUGUCUUUUUCUCGCUUUAGAUCUUGAUUAUUUUGUUGCUGUUCGAACUCCUCCACAACAUUCAUGGAAAAACCCCGUUGAACCAGAAAAAUUAAUAAGUAAAGUUGGCACAAUGAGUGAAAUUUGUAAAAUUGAUAACGAAAAUAAUGACUUUAAAGAUGAUCUUAUUGAAAGUCUUCAGGCCCUAAUUAACUUGAUCUGUGAUGUGUUCAGUCAUCAGUCUCUUAAAGGUGAGCUAUUCGAAACAUUUAAUGCAGUAUCAGAGAUAGAAAUAGAGAAAUUCUGGGAAAUGAUUCUGCUUGUGGAUGAUGACGUUCCCUAUGAAAACUUUACUGCAGCUGAUAUAAAACAAAAAAAAUGCGGCGAAUCGUCCUGUACUAUAUGCCGGUCUCCUCGUUGUUCACCAGAAGAUUUUGAGCAAUUGCAUUGUUUACCAGAUCCAGUACCUGGGGAUGAUUUGCAUUACAAGUCAUUUGAAGAUAUAUAUGGUAUUCGAACGACAGAAAAUCAUAGACCUUCAUUGAUAAGGUCUGAAACAAAAACAAAGACAAGCAAAGCAAAAAUUAAACAUACUAUGCCAUUUAGUCCCUCUGCCGCACAUGCCAAAAAUGUUGGUGUCACUGUAAAUUGCACUGAAUGCGAGAAGCCUCGUCUUCUCUUCAGCGCAAAAAAGCUUUCUGAAAAGGAUAAAACUUUGUUGAGAAGAUUUUUAGAUACUAUUUUUUAUACCUGUAGUAUGUCAUUUCAUUACAUAUGUGACCUGGCGAUGGUUGUUUUACUGGAGCAGCCAGAAGUUGAAGUAGAAGAGGAAAAUAUCAUGAGUUCUAAUGAAGAAGUUAACCAAAAUAAUAUUAAUAAAGAGGAUAAACCUGAUCAAUUCGGAUCUGAAAGCUCGGAAGAAGAUGAGCCUGAUGAGAAUGAAGAAAUUUCUAGUAAAAGUGCAGAAGAAUCUGAUGAAAAUGUAGAAGAGUCUGACACUCAUGGCGAGGAUUUAAUUCAUGAACUUUUUUCUAGAGUCUUCAUUAAUGACUCGUUGUCUUGUAAUGCAAAUGUCGAAAAGCCCUACUAUUCAGCUGGGAUCUACUCGGAUGUUUGCAUCGAAUGUGGGUGCCUGAAUAUCAAUAGACCAGCAAAAAAUGAGCACCCACAUUGUAGCGACUGUGGUGGUAACUCUAUCAACCCAAAGAAAUCUUCAAUGAAGGCUAAGGGUAACAAAAACAAAUGA